UAUCAUAGCGACAAAUUAGGAUCGUCUAUCAGAUUGAUAAUACAUUUGUACAUGUUGCGACAAAUCGUCUAUCAGAUGAUAGGGACACUUGGAUCAUAGCGACAUAUCGUCUACCAGAUAAUGAGGACUAAUGAAUCAUUGUGACAAAUUGUUUGAGAUAUAAGCAUUAAUGCAUUUCGCAAUCUUCUAGAAUAGUAACUUUUGAGGAUCCUAAAUAUAGAUUUACUUUCGGUUUCAUUUCGAGGCUCACCGGAAGUUGAUUCAGACGAUGGGAAGAUGGCUCGUACAUAUUUAAUCAAAAAGUAGAAAUGUCAUGUGGUGUCCGUGUUUUGGAUAUGAUUGUGGCUGAAAUAUCGUUAUAUACAUAUACAUUGCUCAAACGGCGGAAGUGUUUAUAAGUGAUGGGAAAGCAGAAAUGUUCACACUGUAAACUCUACAAACUAAAGCGUUAUACCAAGGAGGACAGGCCGUCUCGCAUGAGAUCCUAUGUAGCCAAACACAACAUUGACCUCCCUACGGUAGAACUGUCCAAACGUCGAAAUCUUCUUCACUACUGCAGUAAAUACGGACUUGGUGGCGUUUGUCGGUAUUUAUUGGAGGUUGGUGUCAACCCUUAUAGCACAGAUGAGGACGGUAAUACACCUCUUCACUUGGCUCUUCGCCGGGCACUCAAGGAGACAAGCACCGAUGUCCACACAAUUUACAAUGAAGUGAUCCUACCACAGCUAGAGAAAUGUCCGUUUCUAACCGAGGAAGUUGAUGACUUUGGGACAAGCUGUAGGGAUCUGUUGGACAGACUUCUUGAAAAACAACAACGCCAAAAGUCAUCAGGCCAGGAGUUCCAGACAUGGUUUGAGGAACCAGAGACAGUUGAUUGUUCUUCCCCCUCAGAACACGAAUGGCAACAGAAGAUUUUCCAGGAAUAUCACUAUGAGUGUGAACAGGAGGGUGGUAAAAUCAAGGUCUCAGAAUACUUUGAAGGCGAUUUUAACGAGGAGACUUAUGAUGAGUGGUGCGAAAGGAUGGCGCGAGAAGUCCACAACAAACGCAAAUACAGCAACACAGGUCAGAGGUCAAAAGAAGAGCCGAAAAACAAGAAAACUACAGCAGAGGAAGAUUUGGAAAAAGCUCGUGAAAAGAUGAAACAGAAAUAUGAUGAUGAACAAAGGAGAAUCAAAGAGUUACGCAUUAGACAGAAAAAACAAAACUAUGAGGAAAACAUCAAGACUCUGCUAUCGAGCAAAGAUGUACAACCUAUAGGUUAUAGUGAUAUUCCAUGGCCUUUUGAGUCAGAAGUUACAGAUAUCAGUAAGCAGCUAUUCUGUGACAUAUCUUCAUCAGAUAAGGAGACGUACAGGAAGUAUCUUCGAGAACAACAAAUCAGAUGGCAUCCUGACAAAUUUCUCCAAAAGCUUGGACACCGAAUCAAAGAAGAAGAAAAAGACUGCAUUUUAGAAAGAGUUAAAGAAAUAUCACAGGAACUCAACAAACUGUUUGAUUCAUCUUAACAAUAAAGUUAUAUAGCCAUUUUAACAGUAUAAUAGUAUGGCUGCAUCUAAAACCAUAAUGUAGUGUGGUCACAUCUUACAGCAGAGUCAUGUGGUCACAUCUUAACAGUAAAGUAGUGUAGCCACAUCUUAACAGUAACAUAGUGUGGUCACAUCUUAACAGUACAGUAGUGUGGUCACAUCUUAACAGUAAAGUAGUGUGGCCACAUCUUAACAGUAACGUAGUGUGGCCAAAUCUUAAAGCAGAGUCAUGUGGUCACAUCUUAACAGUAAAGUAGUGUGGUCACAUCUUAACAGUAACUUAGUGUGGCCACAUCUUAAAGCAGAGUCAUGUGGUCACAUCUUAACAGUAAAGUAGUGUGGCCACAUCUUAAAGCAGAGUCAUGUGGUCACAUCUUAACAGUAAAGUAGUGUGGCCACAUCUUAACAGUAAAGUAGUGUGACCACAUCUUAACAGUAAAGUAGUGUGGCCACAUCUUAACAGUAAAGUAGUGUGGCCACAUCUAACUGUACAGUAGUGUGGCCACAUCUUAACAGUAAAGUAGUGUGACCACAUCUUAACAGUAAAGUAGUGUGACCACAUCUUAACAGUAAAGUAGUGUGGUCACAUCUUAACAGUAUGGUAGUGUGACCACAUCUUAACAGUAAAGUAGUAUGGCCACAUCUUAACUGUACAGUAGUGUGGCCACAUCUUAACAGUAAAGUAGUGUGGCCACAUCUUAACAGUAAUGUAGUGUGGCCACAUCUUAACAGUAACGUAGUGUGGCCACAUCUUAACUGUACAGUAGUGUGGCCACAUCUUAACAGUACAGUAGUGUGGCCACAUCUUAACAGUACAGUAGUGUGGCCACAUCUUAACAGUACAGUAGUGUGGCCACAUCUUAACAGUACAGUAGUGUGGCCACAUCUUAACAGUACAGUAGUGUGGCCACAUCUUAACAGUACAGUAGUGUGGCCACAUCUUAACAGUAACGUAGUGUGAUUACAUCUUAACAGUAACGUAGUGUGGCCACAUUUUAACAGUAAAGUAGUGUGGCCACAUCUUAACAGUACAGUAGUGUUGCAACAUUUUAACAGUAAAGUAGUGUGGCCACAUCUUAACAGUACGGUAGUGUGGCCACAUCUUAACAGUAAAGUAGUGUGGCCACAUCUUAACAGUAAAGUAGUGUGGCCACAUCUUAACAGUACAGUAGUGUGGCCACAUCUUAACUGUACAGUAGUGUGGCCACAUCUUAACUGUACAGUAGUGUGGCCACAUCUUAACUGUACACUAUGGUGGUCACAUACAGUUCUGUAGUCCCACAAAAGUAAUACAGAUCUGUCAGUGGAACAUUAGAGACUUCGGUAGGGCUAUAGAUAGAUUUAUUCUAAUCCAAUCAUUUUUAUCAUCUGAAUCAUUGAAAUCAUGAUUCUGAAAGUCAUAUUUCAAAAAGUGAAUGUGUUGUUAAAUCUUUCAUUUCCUGUACUAUAAAUAGAUGACAUAGAGACCUAUCAUUGGUUAGUGACAAUGACUGCAUUGUAAUAUAAUCCCAAAGUAGAGAACAAUGAAUGUGUCCAUUAAUUUCAAAACAAUUUUGGAACCGAGUAAGACCUUUUACUGGUAUGGUGAAGUCUAUUAUAUUUGUAAUGUGUAUGUCGGACCAUAAUUUCUCUUAGACUCAAAUUGCAUGUCAGCCCAUAAUUUUUUUUCUUUUUGUGAAGUUUCUGUAAUAGCUAUUUUCAUGUACCAUAGUGAUGCUUUUUACCAUUUUCAACUAUACAAUGAAAUUAUGAAAACUAGAUACAUUGAAGUGAGAAUAGAAUUGGUAAAACGAUAUGUAUCGUAGUUUCAGUGAAGUUUUGCUCACCUGGCCCGAAGGUCCAAAGAGAACUUAUGCUCCACUUUUCCAUUUAAACAAUUAAUCACAAACCAAAAGACCUAUAAUCAUAACAUUUGGCUGACACCCUAUAGGCUUCAAUGAUGAGGCCCGAGAAAAUUUGCUAAUAAAAAAGACCUUUACCCAUAUUCAAGGUCACAGGGGUCAAAUUUGUUAAAACAUUCAAACAACUUCUUCUCACAACCCAAAAGCAUUAGAAUCAUAAUAUUUGGCUGGUAGGUUCCUGGGAUUGAGCCCAACAAAGUUCACGAAAAGAAAUGACCUUGGCCUAUAUUUAGAGUCAAUGAGGUCAAAAUUGUAAAAACAUUCAAACGCUUUCUUCUCACAAGCUAAGAGGCCUGGAAUAGUGAUAUUUGGCUUUUAGGUCCCUGGGAUGAAGCCCUACAAAUUU